AAAAAAAGCAAACAACUCCCCUUCUUCCCUCUCCCCUCCCCUCCCACCCCCCUCAACUUGAAGCAGUAUGUUUUAAACAAGAUUAUCGUGGGAGAACUGUAAAUACUGGCAGAAUAUUUAACAUGCUUUGUCCGUCCUUCAUCAUUAAUGAUUUUUUUUUUUUUGUUCGUUUUUUUAACCGUAAUCUGUAAAGUCGCGUAUAUUUGACAAGGAAACUCAACGAGCUAUUCCCGCUUUUCUUAUAAAUACCCAAUAGCAUAUCAGGAUUGUAAGAGUUGACGGCAAGUCGGAUUUUAGGGAUGCCCGUUCCAGCGGGGGACCCGCCGUGUGGUUGGGAGGGGGGAGAGGGGACCCGGCUGAUGUGGGGCCGGAUUCGGGUGCCGGCCCCGUCGGCAUCGCCGGGGGUUUGUCUCUGGCUGGCGCGGCGGGGGUGCCUUGGAGCUUCGCCUGGAGCGUGGGGGGGAGAAGGAGCGUUCGGAGAAGGCGAUGGUCCGUGUAACCUGUCUAAGUCCUGCUUCCUUGGAGGUGUUUUUGGUGCAGGGAGGGGGGGUUGGUCCGUUGGCUCUGGGGGGAGCGGGAGCUGCCGGCGCCGCGGGUCGGGGGGAGCAAGAACUGCUGCAGUCUCACGUUUUUACACUACAUAACGUCUAACCUACCUCAACUCUCAGUCAUUACAAAUUCGCACGCUUCAGACUUCUACACAAAACUCGAAAUCUAUGCACAGCUCCUUUACCCCUUGCUGCUGAGAGGCUGUUUCCAAGCAAAAUCUUUCCCUUUACCCGCCCUGGCGGCCGCGCUCAUCCCGCCCGCACCGAAGCCACGGGGGUCACGGAGUUCGAGGGGGGAAGGAACGUUUUUAAUCGCUUCAGAAUGGGAUGUGGGGACCUCGUUUUGCAGCAGGUCGUGGCCACAAUGGUGCUAGAACAAAACCCGUGGUGGAAACCCCGGGGAGAGCUCGGCACGGGGAGCCCCAACCGGCUUCUUCCAUCCCGCUGCAGGUGGGAAAUGAGGGGUGCAUUUCGGGUCCCCCCGUCCCGAUGCUCUCGGGAUGAGGCGUGGGAAGGAGAAGGAAACCAGAAUCCCUGAGGUGCCUCAAUUGCUGAUUUUUCCUUUUAAUACUGGAGUACGCUUUGUGGGCUCUAUAAGGCAUAUUUUUAUUAAAUGAAAUCUUGUAAUACAAACGGUGCUAUGGUGUUUUAACAAACUGUAUCACGCUUCUGCCUGAUUCCAUCUCGCUGAGGUGCUACUAAUGUAUAUAUGAAACUAAGGAACCAAGAUAUAAAAAAAUAAAGCAAUGUCGUUGAGAAGGAAGUUUACCUUUCCGGAGCGACAGCUCAAGGUGUGCCGGGAGCCGGUUGGGUUGAUGCAAACCGGAGUUUUGCCAUGUCCAAGGUGUCCCGGGGUCGUGGUGGAGCCGUUCCCUGCGGAGCCGGUGCGGUGGUGGGAUGAGGUGCUCAGAUGUACGUGGGUGUAGGGUUUGGUCAGAGGUGUGAUCUCGGUGCUCAGCGGUGCUUGGUCGUGGUGUGUGGACAUGGUGCUGAGACGCGGUGUUUGGCCACGCACCGUGGAUGUGAUGCUUGGGCGUGGUGGUCAGUCACACACUGGGGACAUGGUACUGGGACACAGUGUCUGGUCACACACCGUGGAUGUGAUGCUCGGGCGUGGUGGUCAGUCACACACUGGGGACAUGGUGCUGGGACACAGUGUCUGGUCACACACCGUGGAUGUGAUGCUCGGGCGUGGUGUGCGGACAUGGUGCUCAGACGCGGUGUUUGGCCACACACUGUGGACGUGGUGCUCGGGCACGGUGGUCAGUCACGCAUCGGGGGCGUGGCACGUGGACAUGGCGCUUGGACGUGGUGAUCAGUCACACACCGGGGAUGUGGUGCUCAGACGUGGUGCGUGGACACAGUGCUUGGAUGUGGUGCUUGGCCACGGUGCUCGGACAUGGCACGUGGGCAUGGUGCUCAAGCACAGUCACACAUCGUGGAUGUGGUGCUCGGGUGUGGUGCUUGGACAUGGUGCUCGGGCACAGUGCUCGGCCAGGCAUCACGGACAUGGCAUGUGAACGUGGUGCUCGGACCUGGUGUUCAGACAUGGAGCGUGGACAUGGUCACACAUCGUGGACAUGGUGCUCGGGUGUGGUGCUCGAACAGGGUGUGUGGACAUGGUGCUCGGACGCGGUGCUUGGACACAGUGCUCAGCCACACAUCGUGGACGUGGUGCUCGGGCGUGGUGCUCUGCUGUGGUGCUUGGACGUGGUGUGUGGACACGGUGCUCGGGGCACGGUGCUCGUCCACAGCCCACGGACACGGUGUGCAGGCACCACGCUCGGACAUGCUGUGUGGACACGGUGCACGAACGUGCUGUGUGGACAUGGUGCUCGACCACGGUGUUCAGAGGCAGUGCACAGACACGGUGCUCUGCUGUGGUGCUUGGACUUGGUGCAUGGACGUGGUGCUUGGGCACGGUGCUUGACCACGUCGUGGACAUGGUGCAUGGAUAUGGUGCUCGGGCACGGUGCUCAGCCAUGCGCUGUGGACGUGAUGCGUGGGUACGGUGCUCAGACGUGGUGCGUGGACAUGGUGCUCUGCUUGGUGCUUGGACUUGGUGCAUGGACUCGGUGCCUGACCAUGGUGUGUGAACACGGUGCUCGACCGCAGUGCUCCGACAUGACGUGUGGACACGGUGCUCAGUCAGGGGGUGAGAACACGGUGCUUGGCCACGGUGCUGGGCACGGUGCAUGGACGUGGUGCUCGGGCACGGCGCUCACACACCAGGCACAGACAUGGUGCUUGGGCACAGAGCGUGGCACAGCUGUAGUGCUCGGGCGCUGUGCACCCCCCCAUGGCACCCCCGUGGUGCUUGGGCACAGCACCCCUGACCCCACGGCACAGCCCCCCAGCACCACCUGGCCGGGCCCUAAUCCUGGCACUGCCCCCCUGCACCGUGCCGGCCCCACACCCCUGGUGCUGCCCAGCGCCGCAAUCCCGGAUCCCAGCACCGCGUCCCGCACCGCGAUCCCAGGCUCAGCCCCACAUCCAGCCCCACAUCCAGCCCCACAUCCAGCCCCACAUCCCCCCCGCGUCCCCCCGUGUGUCG